AUGCCGUUCCACCACGUGACGGCAGGACUGCUCUACAAGAGCCACUACCUGAGUAGUUCCCUGUCUGAUGGCAGUGACAGUGACCAGCUGGCCAAUAUUUCUGCUGAGGAACUGGGUGAAAUCCGGGAAGCAUUUCGGGUGUUGGAUCGUGAUGGCAAUGGAUUCAUCUCCAAGCAGGAGCUGGGCAUGGCCAUGCGGUCCCUGGGAUAUAUGCCUAGCGAAGUAGAACUGGCCAUCAUCAUGCAAAGACUGGACAUGGAUGGGGAUGGUCAGGUGGACUUUGACGAGUUUGUCACAAUCCUGGGGCCCAAGCUGCUGUCCUCGGGUUCACGUGACGGCUUCCUGGGCAACACUAUAGACAGCAUCUUCUGGCAGUUCGACAUGCAGAGACUCACGCUGGAGGAGCUCAAGCAUGUCCUCUUCCAUGCCUUCCGAGAUCACCUAACAAUGAAGGACAUCGAGAACAUCAUCAUCACGGAGGAGGAGAGCCUGAACGAAAAUACAGGGGGCUGCCAGGCUGAUUUCGAAGGAGUUCACCCCAAGAAGAAGAAUCGGCAGACUUGUGUGCGCAAGAGCCUCAUCUGUGCCUUCGCCAUGGCUUUCAUCAUUAGCGUCAUGCUCAUUGCGGCCAAUCAGAUGCUACGUAAUGGGAUGGAGUAGCAGCGAUGCGGUGAGUAAGGAAAGAGGCAGACCUGGUGUGACAGGAAGGUCACUCCUGUCUCUCGAGGAACUCUACAAAUAGACCAAAAAAACUUAACAUUUCCUCUAUGAAAGAGGAAAACUAAGAAGAUCCGGGGUGGACAGGUGGGGCUUCUGGGGUGCAGGCUGAUGUUCCAUCCUGGGGACACCUCCACAUCUGCCUGGUGGGUGGGAGAAUCGCAAGGGCUGACUUUUGCUCUUACCGGAGCUAAUUUCACAACGCAAUAACAUUCAGGAUUUCGGUUUUCCUGGUCUUGUGAGGAGGUGCCAGAGAUCCAUUUGCCAGACACAAAUCGUAGCAUGGAUGAUGAGCAUGUGCUGCUGUGUUUCAAGUUGUCUUUUUCCACAAGCCAUUACAAAAAAAAAACAUUUGUUCUUCUCUGUCCCAAACAGUACUUUGCAACAUUUCAUUUAUGGGGCCUAGUGAGGGAGGCUUGUCUCACCCAUAUGUCAUUUCCUUGAUUCUGUGUCUGUGAUUUGUUUAGACGCCCAGUGGACUGGCUUUUCCGAGUAUGAUCGCGACUUCUCAGAUACCGCAGUCUAAACUCCCAGCCCCGUUUUGAUUCCUUAAUCAAACAGAGGGAGGACGCACACAGAGAGUCUUGGGAAAAAAAAAGAACACGGAUCUUUGCGUGAUUGAGCCUUUAUGAUCCAGUUAGAGUGGAUAUAUGUGUGUGUGUGUGUGUGUGUCUGUUAGUGAGACAAACUUGGGACACGAAGUCGAAGGUCUCCUCUGGCAUUUGUCAUUCAAAAAGCAGCGCGGGUGAAUAUAUUCUGUUCCCCUUUCGAACCAUCAGGACAGUGAGCAGGAAGUCAGAGGCAGACAAAUUCUCUCAAACAGUUUUUUUUCUUUUGGUUUGUUUUGUUUUUUUAAAAAAUAAAUGGGUUAAUAAGUAUUCAUGUAUCUCUAGAACCAUAAGGGAAGCCCUGUGCUCCGCAUCCCGUCAAGACACGCUCUUCAAAAGAGUGGAUCCAUGUCCGGCUCUUCGGUAUAAACCGUCUCGUGGAGACGCUCGGUUCUGAGCGUUACGAAUUACUUUAUUUUGAGGGUCUUUGGAUCACACGCACUGCACUAUAUGCUUAUCUCAUUUUAUAGUAUAAUUUCACUUUAGGUAUGCAUGCGUAAAUGUGUGUGUACGUAUACGCUGACAAGACGUCUGCAUAUUAAUAAGGCAGAUAUCUUGUGGAAUGGGAGAACACACGGUAAGGUAAAGCAC